CACCAAUGAACGGCGAGGCAGUGAGCAAUUGUACAAGAUAUUGCAAGAUGUGUGGACAGCCGUUGUCUGACAGCGAUUGUGACGCAGAGGCUUCUGAUACAUGUAUGAGAUGCAGGGCGGAUCCGCCUGUCCUGGACGAGCCCAUCUCUCUCAGCGAUGCCCUGUCAAUAUGGCCUGAACCUUCACAGUCUUUCCUCACAGUCAUCGGUGGGUGGAGGUACAUACAAUAUCGGAGAGAGAGAUGCUGACUUGUGGGAGGGAUCGCAUCCAUGGUUUUGGCGUGUCUACUUGAUGGCUGCAGAGCAGCGCCUGUGGCCUGGUGGCAGGCUCGAUGACAGGCACAAAGACCACACGUACGUAGGAUGGAUUCGCUACCAGCCAUUCAUUUAUUCCAUGUGUGCUUCUGUCCCCCGUGUGUGCGUCCGGCAUGUGUGCAGAGCUUCUGAUGUUCGCCCAGAGCACACCGCGGCAGCUCCCCAACUCGGUGGUGAGGGUAUGCAGAGCGAUGGUGCCCCACUCAUGGACUCUCGACGGGCGAGGGUCAAAGUCGUCCUGCUGGCCAAGUGGUGCGCAUGCACAGGACGACAGACAGACAGACAGACAGACAGACAGGGGUCCAGUCACUUCAAUUCACGUGUGGGCAUCUGAGGCUGGGGUGUUGGUUGUGUGCUGUGCCUGUAAUAUCAGUUGUCCCCAUCCAUACAACCUGCUGGAGACCCUGUCAAUGGAUGCAGAUGGACCUCAUGUGUCGGACCGGAUGGUCGAUGAGAUGGUACAUGUGGGCGGCUCACGAGAUGCACUCCUGACGUGACUGACUGGCUGACGUAUACAAGGAUGGCGGGUAGUGACAUAUGUGCAGGCAGACAAGAGGACCCACUGAUUGUUCGUCCUCAAACAUGAUUGAUACCAACACACAUCGGAUGGUGAUCGCUUCGUAGGAACUUGACUGCCUGGGCG